UGUUGGCCAUUCCUUUGUCUUUGGCUCCCAGUUCAACUGCUAAUUGGACGGGGCAGGGGGAGUAAUCAAGAUAACUGUUAACCCUAACCCUAACCCUUACCCUUAACCUUAACCAUCACAACUAAAUGCCUAACCCUAACCCUUAACCUAACCUUAACCAUCACAACUAAAUGCCUAACCCUUAACCUAACCUUAACCAUCACAACUAAAUGCCUAACACUAUCCUAAACAUAAUUUUAGCCCUAAUCCAUAAACCAAGUCUUCACCCCUUUUAAGCUCUCUGAAAAAGUGAGGACCGGACAAAAUAUCUUCACCUGGUGAGAUCUAUGCUCAUAAUGGUCCUCAUAAAGAUAUAAAUGCAAGUGUAUACACCACACACGAUCCUGCAGGGGUUCAAUGUGUAAACAGUUCUAUGGGCUGUAAUUCCUGUAUCCUCGUCCUCUUUCCAACUGGAGCUUUAUUUUUUCCCUCUACUCUCAUUUCUGGGCCUAAAAUCAGGUUAGCGUUUUAUAAGGAGCUUAGCGCAAAGGGCCACAGUGUGCCACUAAUGUAAUAGAGUAUCUCUCUCUCUCUCUCUCUCUCUCUCUCUCUCUCUCUCGCUCUCUUGCUCACUCACUCUCACUCACUCUUUCUCUCCUGUCCUCUUUUCUCUUUGUGCAUUUGCUCACCCUGUCAUAAAGUGACCUUCUCUCGCUCUCUCUCUCUCUCUGUCGCUCUCUCUCCCCUCCCUGCCUGUUCUUUCUUUCUUCUUCCACUUCCCUCGCUCCCUUCCCUCUGCAUCUCCCUCCAUCCGCAGAUGUGCAUGACGCAAGCCUGAGGUUUAAACAUUAGGACAGGGACACAGCCGACACGGGACAACUCAAAGCAGAGUGGAGGACAAACAGGAGGAAGGGGAGCAGAGCUGCUGCUGCUGAACGCUGGCUCAGACCAAUGGAGGCUUCCUCUGGAGAUAUAGAAGAAGGCACUGAAGACAUUCCAGGACGCAAAAAGUCCAAACUCAAGUCCCUCAGAACUCGUCUCUUCGGGCGGAACAAGAGAACAGGUGGAGAGGAAAACACCAAACACAGUCAGUCGUCCAGCGACAUCACUGCAGAACAGGGACUAGGAUCAGAGGAGGAUUUGGUAUGCUCCCAGGGAAUGAUUGGAUCCCGAGCGUUGUCCCAUGACAGCAUCUUUCAGGCUGAUGAGGUUCUGACAGACACUGAACCAGCCAGGGUCUUAUCCCAGGAGAAUGUUCACAGCAAGAUAAAAGCUCUGCAGAUCAAGCUUCAGCAGCAGAAGAUGCAUUUGGGGCCACCACCUUUGGUUGUGCCAGUCAGACGUCCAGAGGACCUGUGCGGCCGCUCAGAGGAUGACAGCUCACGUGACAUCUCAGGAAGUGAUGUUACAUCACAAGGAGGUGUCUGCAAGACCAUAUCCCAGCCAUCCUUUCGUCCUCUCUCACCUAUCUCCAAACCUGCACUGACCAAGCUUGUGCCCCAGUUUCCAUCCCAUCCUUUACCUCCUACUGUCCCAUCCAUUUCCCCCAUCAUUGACAGUACGUUGGACUUCAGUUCUCCUGCUCAGUUCACCCCCUGCCUGGAUACGUCUGCUGCACGCCACCGGAUGUCCGUCAAGCCCAGAAACCAACGGGCCAGGACCCAGAAGAGACUCGCUACACAGACUGAUUUUGGGCUUCCGUCACAGGCCCUGAACAACAUUGACCACCCUGAGUAUGUGGAAGAAGAGGAGCAGCGGCUUUGUGCUCCAGACAAGGUGUCGCUGGAAACAGAAAAAAGAGAAGCAGAUACUACGACCAUAGCUCAGCACCUUCCUACCAAAUCCCCAGAGGUUGCACCAAUAACUUUAGAAGAAGCCCCCAAAUCAUCCGGUUUGACUUCUUCCCAAACGGACCCUGCUCCUCCUUGGAGAAAACCCUCUAUCUCCUCACAGGUUCUUCGACCUAAGCCUCAAAGACCAGUGGAUGUUACGUCCAGUGAACGUCCACAAUCAUCCUUUAUAGAGUCAGAACUCAAAACCAAAAGAGAGGGGGAUUCUGAGAUACAAGUAAUGUUCCACGACAAGAGGAAUACUCUUAAAAAGACUGGAAUGACUAAAGAGACCUCGGACCAGAUCUCCUCUACCUCCAGCUCAGCACUGGCAUCCAGGCAAUCCUCUAUUCAACAGCAGGUUAAAGAUGAGACAGAGAGCAUAAGAGGAAUAAAGAGAUCUGGCCCAGGAUCUGGGUCCUUCCAUUUCUCCAUCACCACUGCCAAAAAACGAGAUAGUGAGAGACCCCGAUCGAGCAGUUUUGUGGGAGUGCUGAUACAAGCCGAAGCCAGGCACAAGAGCAAAGGGGGAACAGAGGAGAAACGUGUUGCAGGCUUAAGGGAAAAGGAGGAACUUAAAGACAGAGUUGUGGGACGCCUUAAGCAAGAGGGAUCUCUACGCAAAGGCUCAGGAAUUACAUGGGAUAAGAUGGACAGCCUCAAAAAGACAGAACCAGUGGCAUCUGCGUCUAAAAAUGCAGCCGCAGACACAGGGACUUCAGCAAAGGAGGAGGUGGAGAGCAGCCGGGAGGAGGUGGAGGAAGCAGUGGAAGCACAGGAGGAGGUCCAGGAGGAAGAAGGGAAGACAGCAUUUGGUGUGAAACUACGCUCAAUGUCUCAAUCGAUGAAAGUUCGGGCUGAUCCGACCCCUAACCAUUUCUCUAAGCCGCCAGUCAGUGAGGACCAGUGUGACAAACAAAACAGACAGGAGAUGAGCGAUAAUGUCGGCUACGUGUCUAAAAAGCCGCUCAUCUCUUGUACCCCAUCCACCUCUGGAGACAUCAGAGUGUCAGAUGCAACCCCAUCUGGCUCCUCCCUUCCACUCAAGAAUACCUUACCAUCGACAGGCAAUUCUUCCAUCACGUCUGCAGAGGUCCGAGCAACCUCCUCAGACGCCAGAGAAGUAGCGACUGCCCCCUCUGUGGCUCAGGAGCCCCAGUCUGCCCCCGCACCAGCAUCGUCUGAAGUGUCCUGGAUGAGCCUUGCAAUGGAAAAGACCAGGACCCUGCAGCAGCUCUUCACGGGCAGGUUCCCCAGAGACCUAACAGGCGCGCAGACUGUGGCUCGACCGCAAGCACAAGUGCAGCCGACGACUCAAACAGAGACACAGAUUGGUGCACAAACGCAGGCACAGAUUGCUAAAAUGCAGCAGGGCUCAACACCAUCGCAAGCAGCAAAUCAGCCAUCAAGUGAUACAGUGAAAACAGCAACGGUGCAAAGUACAAGUCAAGCACAAGCUGUCCAACCAUCACUAGUGUCAGUGCAACAGAACACGACAACGGUAGCUACUGGUCUGUCAGACACUCCUAAAGAAGCACAAACAUCCAAACAAACCAAUGAAGCCCAGUCACACCCAAGUACAACUCAGUUUGCCUCACAGUGUCUGUCUCAUCCACCUGUACAGACCAAGCCAUGGACCCCACAGUUUCCCCUACGUUCUUCUACACAAGCAGACACCUCAUCUCAGUUUGCACUGCAGGGGAGCGCCACCCAGUGUCUUGCACAAUCUUCCUCAAGCCAGCACGCCACCUCCCAGCCACCUGCUUGGACUAAUCGAGGUGUCCACCCCACCAACCAGCUCAAACCCACAGCUUCAGUUUCCACCACCACAUCGAUCACAGCUCCUCCUCCCCCAGUGUCGGCCCUGGGAAAAGGGGAAAGAGACGCCAACGUGCAGGAAAAAGAGGGUCCCUCACCCAUAGGAAGACGAGCAGCUUGGGGCGGGUCAGUGAGCGAGAGGGCUGCUUUUCUGCAAAAACAGCCAGAGUGGGUCACACCAGCUGGAGCGAAGGAGGUGGAAUUGAAGAACGCUCAAUCAGAAGUGCAGUCAUCAGAUGAAUCUCCUGUCUCUGCCAAUACAACGUCUCUGAGCACAGACACAAAACCAGAAGGAAGACCAGGGGUAAAACUUACAGAGUCGACCCCCACCAAAGUCCCGGACAGGCCCAGUGAGGACAAAUGGCUCCGGAAAAACCCUGCAUCUUUUUCGCCCUCAUCGUCCCCCACACAGUCGUCAGAGUUGCGGUCCAUGUCGGACAGUGGCAAGCCGUCCUGGAUGGAACUGGCGAAGAGAAAGUCAAUGGCCUGGAGUGACAAGACCAUGGACUAAGAGGGAAAAGAGACAAAUAUAAAGAAUAUGGCCACAUGAAGAUGAGCUGCCCUGCAGACAAAUACCACCUUUAUCAAGGUUAAUGAGCUGAAUGUUUGGGGCGACUGUUAGAAUGAUGCGGAUACUGUGAUAAUUUAUGUUGUGAGGCUGUUGUGUUUGAAUUGUAUUUAAUUGUUAAUUGUUAAUGUUGAAAGAUAGAGUACAUGUUGAAAAGUUCACUAUGAUCCCUCUGCACCAAACCCACUUUAAGAUGAGAGAUCAGAAUCAUGUUUUAUCUGAUUCAUCAUACAGCUGUUGACACUGUAUGUUAAAUAAACAACAAAUUUAA